AUAUUAUAUUUCCAGCGCAUAAAUACAGCAGCCCCACCGAGCCCGUUCACAUCAGCCUUGGAGUCACUGACAGCUGCGAGAAACUUCUUAAUAAACACGAAAUGGCAGCAGUUGAAGUUAUGCCAAAUCAGAGUGUGGUGGAGAGAGUAACCAGCCUCCCUUUGGUGAGCUCCACCUACAGCAUGGUGUUCAAUGUUUACUCCAACACCAAGGACAACCACCCUUACAUCAGGAGCGUGUGUGAGGCUGCAGAGCAAGGGGUCCGCACCAUCACCUCUGUGGCCCUCACCACCGCCUCGCCCAUCAUCGGCAAACUGGAGCCUCAAAUUGCCAUUGCCAACGACCUGGCCUGCAAAGGUUUGGACAAGAUCGAGAAAACCUUGCCAAUCCUCCAUCAGCCCUCUGAGCAGAUCGUUUCCAGUGCCAAGGAUGUGGUAACCUCUGCCAAGGAUGUGAUGACAGGGAAAGUGUCUGAGGCCAAGGGCACCGUCUCUGACACUCUGAGCACGGUUGUGGAGAAGACCCGGGGUGCGGUACAGGAGGGGAUGGACAAGACCAAAGCAGCUGUGAGUGGGAGCGUGAGCACGGUGCUGGACAGCAGAGUGGUGCAACUGGUCAGCAGUGGUGUGGACACAGCCCUCAGUACCUCUGAGAGUCUAGUGGAGCAGUACCUGCCUCUGUCAGAGGAGGAGCUUGAGCUGGAGGCAGAAGCAGUGAAAGGCUUCGACAGUAAAGAGACGAGCCUCUACGUUCGCCUGGGCUGCCUCUCCACCAAGCUCCGAAAGAGAGCGUACACCAGAGCCAUGGCCAGGAUGCAGGAGGGCAAGGAGCGCAGCAUGGGAUUCAUCUCCGAGCUCAACUCCACUGUUGACUUGAUUGAAUACGGCAGGAAGAACAUCAGCAGUGCUAACCAGAUGGUAAACAACAAGCUUAACUCCCUGGUGCCGUGGAAGUCGGGUAGUUCAAUCCAAGAGAAUGGUCACCAUGCAGAGGUAAUCGAGUCUCGCACCUUGGUGCUUGCACGUUCCCUCACCCAACAGCUCCAGACGACCUGUCUAGUCCUGGUCUCCGGUUUGAAAGGACUCCCCAACAACAUCCAGCAGGAGGCGCUGUCCAUUAGCCAUUCAGCUGCACAGGUGUACACCAGUUUCAGCCAAGCCAAGGUGCUGGGAGACUUGCCAGACAGCGUGUUAGCCAGUAGCAGGGUCCAGCUAGGCAAGGUGAAGGACUCCCUGGAUAACGUAAUGGAUUACCUGGUCAACAACACGCCGCUCAACUGGCUGGUGGGUCCCUUCUACCCAAGGAUGCCCGUUCACCCUGAGUCCUCCUGCCGCCGACAGCCUGUAAAUCAAAAUUCCCAGUUCAACGAGCUGCGAACCAAAGAGCCCAUGGAGGUGGAGAUGGAGUCACUACAUUCCUAAUAAUACUUCAACCUAGCUUUCAUUUCAGAGUUGAAAUAAUUUUACUUCCUUGUAUUUUAGUAAUACUGAAUUCCUUUUGCCUGAGUAUUUAGGUUAAACAAAAUGUUCUAUUGCUUUUUUAUUCUUGCAGAAAAUUGUCCUUUUUUUUACCUCCGAUAACUGUGUUGACUUGAGAAAUCCUUUAGAAAAUACAACAGAAGCUUGAAUCUGUUUGAAUCUUUCCUCCCAGCACAUUUAAAAAAGAAACAUGAAUUAAAUGUUUGAUUCUGUGCUUAUAAGACUGAAUGCUUG